GAAACAAGAGUGGUGAUUCAACUAGCUGAUAGAUCUGUGGUAUAUCCCAUAGGUGUUCUAGAAGAUGUGUUAGUCCAAGUAAAUGAGCUUGUCUUUCCUGCUGAUUUUUAUGUGAUUGAUACUAAAGAAGAUAAUUGCAAUGCUAGUUCUGAUAUACUUCUUGGACGUCCUUUCUUGAGUACUGCUAGGACUAAGAUUGAUGUGCAUGAUGGGACUCUCACUAUGGAAUUUGAAGGGGAAGUAAUUAAAUUUAAUGUCUAUGAUGCUAUGAAAUAUCCACAUGAUAUGUCACCUGUUUAUGGUCUUGAUAUUGUUGACUGCUUGAGCCAGGAAAUUUUUAAUGAAAAUCAAGAUGAUAUUCUUAACAGUGAUUUCUGCAGAGAUACUGAUCAGGUACAGAUUGAGAGCCAGACAGAGCCAAAAUUGAAAGAAACUGUUUGUAGCAUCCAGCAGAUAGUUUACAGUCAAGCACAGAACGAGGGAAACUCCCUCCAGAAGGAUGCGCAGAAGAGCCUUGCGCCAUCUGAAACACCUUCAUGCGCAACUCUUCAGCUCCCAACGCAAAGCUCACCCGCGAAUCCUCGUCUGCAGUCCAGUUUUGCGCACAAGGAGUCCCCUAAGGCCAGUCCUGCGCAAGAUCUUGUGCUAGGUGUCAACAAACUGGAAAUCUGAGCAAAAGGAAUCAAAUGCCACAAAACCCCAUCAUGGUCUGUGAGGUGUUUGAUGUAUGGGGUAUAGAUUUCAUGGGCCCUUUCCCACCAUCCUUUGGAUACACUUACAUCAUCCUUGCAGUGGAUUAUGUAUCCAAGUGGGUGGAAGCUAGAGCAACAAAGACAGAUGAUGCCAAGGCAGUGGUAGACUUUGUGAAAACCAACAUCUUUGCCAGACAUGGAGUGCCAAAGGCAAUCAUCAGUGAUAGAGGGACCCACUUUUGCAACAAGAUAGUAGAAAGUCUCCUCAGAAAGCACAAUGUGAUCCAUAAAACAUCCACAGCCUACCACCCUCAGACAAAUGGGCAAGCUGAAGUAUCCAACAGAGAAAUCAAGGCCAUCCUAGAAAAAACAGUGUCCCCCAACCGAAAGGAUUGGAGUUCACGUUUGGAAGAUGCUUUAUGGGCCUACAGGACAACAUACAAGACCCCUAUAGGUAUGUCACCUUACAGAUUGGUCUAUGGAAAAGCUUGUCACCUUCCAGUUGAACUUGAACACAAGGCAUAUUGGGCUGUAAAGAAUUGCAACAUGGACCUCAAAGAAGCUGGACACCAUCGCAAGUUGCAACUACA